AUGUCAAAUAAAUACAUAACUCAAUUUCCCAUUCCUUAUCGAAAGAGAGAAAAACUCGAAGCGUUUUAUACUUUUGUCUUUAAUAUAGAAGAAACUAAAAAGGCAUGAGAGGUUCAAGAACAGGUUCUUCAGACAUGAGCGCUUGGUGUUCUGCUGUUGUGUUGCUGUCUUUAAUACUUUUGUUAUCUGUUCGUGAGAACAACGCUUCUAACUCGAUCAGAGGGUCUCAAUUCUCAGAGAAACCUUGCGAAGAGAUUUACGUCGUCGGAGAAGGUGAGACGCUUCAUACCAUCGGAGAUAAAUGCGGUGACCCGUUUAUAGUGGAGCGAAACCCUCAUAUCCAUGAUCCGGAUGAUGUCUUUCCCGGUCUUGUCCUCAAAAUCGCACCUUAUUACUUCUCCAGAAAAUUGUAAGACAUAUACCAAAGAACAAAAAGGUUUUUUUUUUUUUUUUCUCUUUUAAUUUUGUUUUAAGCAUACUUUUUCCUAUGUACAUAUAUACUAAAGGAUUCCAUAAUAAAUACAGAGUUUUCAAAGAAACA